AUGGCCAGCGUUGCCCUAAUUGUCUUUAAUGGAAGAAACAGGAAUACGAGGUCGGAGAGGACGAACCCAAAGCACGGCCACCAUGUCGUCCUCCUCGAGCUUCUCGUCCCCGUCGAGCCCGAUAAGCACGUCGACGAAGUCUGCACCGUCGCUAUGUUGAGCAGCAGGAUCUCUGGGGAUCCUGUGCUCUGCUAUGAUACCGCGAACCAGUCGCCGGACGUUGGGAACAAGCUCGGCGCAGCGAGCGGUGACACGGUGGGGGUCGUAGAGUGCUCCGAGCCAGGGGAGAUGGUCGGACCAGUUGAAGGCCCCGAGAAGCUCGAAGCCCUCCCUCACCAUGCGUUUGAUCUCCGCCGCCUCUGGAUUACUCUCCGACCAGUCGUCGUAGCGCCGUCCGAAGACGCUGCCCAUGAUGUUGUUCAGCGCGGCCAUCUGCAAGUGGCGGCGGAGGGAGACCUUCCCGCGAGAAGACUGCUCCGCCGCGACGGACUCGAGCAUGGAGCCGCAGUCGGCCUGCCGGCUCGGCUCGUGUGCGGCGACGCGGCGCGGGGCGAAGAGGUGGGAGGCAGCGACGCGGCGGAGGAGGCGCCAGUAGGCGCCGCUGGGAGCGAAACCCAUGGCACGGCCGAACAUGAGCUCGCGGGCGGAGCGUUUGAGCGGGCGGUCGGCGAAAUGUGGGUGGGAGAGCAUCUCGCGGGCGAUGGCGGGGUCGGAGGAAACUACAGCGGGGGUGGCGCCGAUGGAGAAGGCCAUUAG